AAAAAGGGUGGGGUCAGGGACCAGUCAGUCUGGGGAGGAAAGCAUUAGAUGAUGCCGGUGACAUCAGAGGAAGCCAUUCCAGUACAGGGGAGAAGCCAGUACACCUGUGCAAGACUGGAGGGGAGGAGCCAGUACACCUGUGCAAGACUGAAGGGGAGGAGCCGGUAUGCCUGUGCAAGACUGAAGGGGAGGAGCCUGUACACCUGUGCAAGACUGGAGGGGAGGAGCCGCUACACCUGUGCAAGACUGAAGGGGAGGAGUCGGUACACCUGUGCAAGACUGGAGGGGAGGAGCAGGUACACCUUUGCAAGACUGAAGGGGAGGAGCCGGUACGCCUGUGCAAGACUGAAGGGGAGGAGCCUGUACACCUGUGCAAGACUGGAGGGGAGGAGCCGCUACACCUGUGCAAGACUGAAGGGGAGGAGUCGGUACACCUGUGCAAGACUGGAGGGGAGGAGCCGGUACACCUGUGCAAGACUGAAGGGGAGGAGCCGGUACACCUGUGCAAGACUGGAGGGGACAAGCCGAUACACCUGUGCAAGACUGAAGGGGAGGAGCCGGUACACCUGUGCAUGACU